CCAAGGAUGAUUACUGCGCCUGCGCAGCUUUGCCGGAAGUGCCAGCAGCACCGCCGUAUCUAGUCCAUAUCGACGACGGCAACAUAGAGGCGUGAAAACGCUCUGAGGUCGCGACAGGCGCAGCGACUACUGGCAUCAGAAUUAUUGAGGGUUUGCAAUUGUUGGUGAGGCUGUGGGAUCUCCUCAUUGACCUCCCACCCAGGAGGACUCCCGCUCAUGGCCAGCAGGGGGAGUGCCAGGCCCAAUGGCAGCCUGACCCAAACCAAAAUAUGUCAGUUCAAGUUGGUACUGCUCGGAGACAUGGCGGUUGGCAAGUCAAGCCUUGUGCUGCGCUUUGUCAAGGGCCAGUUUGACGAGUUUCAGGAGACUACUAUCGGAGCUGCCUUUUUGGCCCAGUCGGUGUGUUUAGACGACACAACAGUGAAGUUUGAGAUUUGGGACACAGCGGGACAGGAGCGCUACCACAGCCUGGCCCCCAUGUACUACCGCGGAGCACAGGCGGCCAUUGUGGUGUUUGACAUCACCAAGCCGGAGACAUUUGAGCGAGCCAAGGCCUGGGUAAAGGAGCUGCAGAGGCAGGCCAGCCCCAACAUCGUCAUUGCCCUGGCGGGAAAUAAGGCCGACCUGGCUGACAAGCGCAUGGUGGAAUAUGAGGAAGCCCAGACUUAUGCAGAGGACACUGGCCUGCUGUUCAUGGAGACCUCUGCCAAGACCGCCAUGAAUGUAAACGAGCUGUUUCUGGCUAUAGCAAAGAAGAUGCCGAAAACGGACACCCAGAACCCCACACACGCCGCACGCCACAGGGGGGUGAACCUCCAGGACCCCGAUGCCCAAUCCACCCGGGGCUGCUGUGGGAACUAAGCAGCCCUGCCCCUCAUCCCUGGGCCUGGUGAUCUGGAGGACUCCCCCUCCCAGACCCCACCCUGCCACCAUUCAAAGAGAUGGAGUGAGAUGGGAGGAGGAGGAGGAGGCUGUCCUCCACCAGAUUGUUCUCUGCCAAAAUGUGAGUGGUAGACAAUCUCAAAUUCAAACUAUGUGAGGGAGCAAUGGAGUGCCCAGGGUUUUGUAUUAUAAAUGGCACAAAUAGUAGAAUUUUUUUUUUUUUUGUGUUUCAUUUAACUCAUGAUUCCUUUUUCGAUUAUGCAAGCGGAGUGUUGACUCGUGUCAGAAGCGAGGGAGGGAUUGAAUAACAGGACAGCGAGUCUGUGCGGCAGGUGGAGAAAGUGAAAGUUUAUUCUCCCUGCAUUUCAGCACAUACCCACGCUCCUUUUGGCUGCCUAGGGCUCGGCUGUACAAGCAAGCCGCCCCAUUCAGUGCUGUCUGCGGGGCAGGACGUCCCAUUUUAGAAUCGGGAAUCUCACGUAUCCCGUCUCUACAGAGCAUUCCCAGACAUCUGCCUCAUGGUUGGCAGAUAUUAAAAAUCAAUCAUGGAACCUGAGCAUCAGAAAAAUCAGAGAUGUGCUACCAAAUUAAGAACUACAUCCGUUUUUUUUUCUUUUCUCUUCAUUUUCAGGGCCUCUGCUCCCCCUCACCCACUCCCAGCCACUGUGAUUCCUGCUAUAUAUAACACUAUGCUCAUGGUUAGCGGCAUCACUUCUCUUCAUUCAGUAAUAGCUGUUACUUUAAGAACAGCAAAAAAGAGUAAGGAACAGUAUUUCCCAGCAGAGGUCAGGGUGUUUUUCUGCACUGGUCCCUGUCCCCGUGCACACUACUGUGGAAUGUGGUAUUUAAUGUUGGAGUUUCCCUCCAUUCUACCUUGCUACUGAACCUGUUUGUUACACUGUUACGACAGUGCCGGAUGUACAGUGAAAUGAAAAUGCAUAUUGAUUUUAACCCCAUUAAUAGCUUAGAACAACUUGACCAUUGGAUCUAAUAUAUUAAUUAAAUGUAGAUAAACGCGCAAAAAGAGACACUAAACCGUUGGAUGCUCUCUGAUGCAUGGUACCAGAUGUUGGUACUCUAAAGGAAUGAAGAGACAGACAGAGAGACAGACAGAGAGACAGACAGAGAGACAGACAGAGAGACAGACAGAGAGACAGACAGAGAGACAGACAGAGAGACAGACAGAGAGCACACAGCCCUAGUUCUUUGUGUUUGCCAAACAAAACGGAUUUUGGGAAACACAGCUUUUUUUCUUGCAACACGCCUGAAACAUAUGCCGCCUUUAUUUUAAACCUCUAUAGAAUUUCGGCUUUGUUAUUAUAAAUUAUUAAUCUGGGGUUCUUAUUAUAGUUUAUCUGAAUGCAUUUCUAACAGUAUGAUGCAGUGACUCAGCUUGAGAAAGAAAGAGGCCUGUGAAAAGCUUGACAAUUGCGGCACGUUGAAUCGUAAUUAAAUGCUAAUUAUUUAAGCAUACGGUGACUCCCACUGUGCAACUCAUAUCCUCACACUAUGUGCAAAGUAUAUUCGCCAUUCACUGGAGGCAGGUUCCAGUGGUUAGAGUAUAUUUUGAAUGUGCCUCAUCUUUUAAAGGGAGCUCAUGGUCGCUCUAGCUAGUGCUUUGAAUGGCCUGCUUGUCCUAUAGACCGAUGGUCAGAAAUUCAGUUUGCAAUCCAAAUACAGUACAAAUACAAAUGUGACCACAAUCACUCAAUUUUCAAGACACAGUGAUAACAGAAUGUGAUAUUUAAAAGAGGAUUAAUUUUUAAUUGUUGACACCGUUGCACUCCUCAUAUUCGCUUUAUUGCCAUAAAAUAAGUGGGAAGGAAAUCUCAUUCUGAGUCCUCUGAAUGAAUAAAGCAUGUGUGUCAUUGUUUUGAUGUCCUAAGCAACCUGGACUUAUGUUUUGGAUCUAUAUUGUAAAUAAGACAUGAAUCUAUUUUAUAAACCAUCACACAAUAAAAGAUGACACUUUUUGUGACUCUGUGGCAAAGGCACAGACCCAAAUAACAGGUGUCCUGAGAUGAGCAUCUCCAUCUGCACCAAAUCUAGUAAUCGGGCAAAACAAGGUGUUUCAUAAAUGAGCUGAGUGACAUUUAAUAUCCACGCAUUUGUAUAUGUGUAAUAUUGCUCCUAUGCUUUUUAAUUUGCAUAGUAAGUUAUUUUUGAUUCAUUGUUUUCAUAUUAUUGGCAUGAUGUGUAUCAGUGUUCAUUUUUUAUGCUCAUUAGUUUGGUCUUAUCUUGGCAGUAUUCUUCGAUGUCCAAUUAGGAAAACGGCACAAAACCCUCUCAUUUUAAGGCAGGGGUCUCAAACUCCAGUCCUGGGGAGCUGCAGCCCUGUGUAGCUUAGUUCUUUCCCUGUUCCACCACAGAUGAUUCAGCUCAAGAGCUGUGCGGUAAUUAGCACAAGGAGUUGAAUCAGGUGUGUUAAAUGAGGGUGAACCAAAAACUGUGUAGGGCUCCGGCCCUCCAGGACUGGAGUUUGAGACCCUUGUUUCAAGGCAUUGAUCCAACCUGUGAGCUGCCUGCAGUGCCAUCUAAUGCAGUGCCAAUUCCUCCCAGAAGGGUAUAACCAUACAAUCACACCUGUUCUUUUGCCCCAAAGUGGUUCCGGCUCUGCACUGUUUCUCCAAGGAGAUAGAAUUAUGAUGCAGUUCUUAUUGAAGGGCCUGAACUAUCUGCAUGCACACACUGGUUCAUUGAUGUUGCACUGAAGCAGUGUGUGCCUGUUCACACCUUUCACAGCUAAAAGCCACAGCUAUUUAUAUACUAACGUAAGGCUUAUGAUUAUUUAACCAGCUACUGGUUGGGAGCUGAAAAUCAGAAAGGAGAACAGACAAAUGGCUUGUUCAGGUCCUUUAAGAUGUGAUGUUUCAUAUAUUCUUAAAGGGACAGAAUCACACAUUGUUGGUUAAGUCAUGUAUAACUGGAUUUACUGAAUUAAAAACAUAAAAAAAAGUUU